UUCGUACCUUAUGAAAUGAAGAAAGGUCAAUCCUCUCCAGGUUAUAUCUACCUAUGUGCUCCAUUGACUUGCACCACUUGACUGCAAACGUUAAUCCAAGCUAGGAGAGUACACACUGAAGAUGAGCCUCAGAACUGGUACAUCAUGCGCUGAAUUAGCCCAGACGGGCACCAUUGUCGGCCCUCAGUUCUGUGCUCCUCACCCCAUAGAUCUUGCCUUCACUACAAGGGCUCCUUGGCUGAAGGAUAACCACGUCACCGUUACCGAUAUACACGGAAAGUUUAUCUUAUGGAGUGCGGAUGGCCCUACACAGGGUCUUGGAAGAAAGCGGAUGUUGCAUGACGCCGACGACAACCCUCUCAUUUCUAUGCGAGAGAAGACACUGACUGCUCACGAGCGCUGGGGAGCGUUUAUUGGCGAUAGUUCAGAGGACAGGGAUUUAUUGUUCAGUGUUAAGAAGAGUUCAAUGUUCCAAACCAAGUCUAAGUUUGAUGUGUUCCUGGCAGGCAAUAAAGAAGAAAAAGUAUGUGAUUUUAAGAUCACGGGGAGCUACCGCAAGAGGAGGUGCACUGUAUACAAGGGAGAUUCUCAAAUGGUUUUAGCCCAGAUGAGCAAGAAACACGAGGCUAUAAAUUUGCCACAGGGAGAGGGCAUUUUUGGAGUGCACAUCAAUCCAAACACCGAUUAUUGUUUCAUUGCUGCACUAUUUGCAUUUCUUCAUGCGAUACAUGAUGACAGUGACGAUGAAGAUUUUAACAUUAAAGAUGCUAUUGAAAUUGUAGCUGGCACGAUCAGUCAGCUGGCACAAUUAGGCAACUAAGGCUCCUUUACAUUCUAUUCAGAUGUACUACUUUUCCUGGUAUGGACUUGCCAUCAUUCCUGAUAUCUCUGUGCGAGUGAAAGAGGUGCCAACCAGAUGAUAUAAGUCUAGUUGGCACUUUCCCGACCUGUUACUUCAGUUUGUUUGUUCCUCAUGCUGAAAGUACUUAAAAGAUAUGCAUGGAUAAUAUUAAUGUUAUUUUUGUGUGUAAUUUUCAUCC